AGGACCUGGGGUGAGCAGCAUGGGGUGGCCGCUCUCCCCACUCCCUGGCAGAUGAUCCUGGGCAGUGGGCAGGUGUACAUGACCCCCAAGAAGACUCCAGACCCAGAGGACCCGUCCCAGAACGGUAUCAGAAAGGACGGUCUGGACUUGAUUGCCAAAUGGCUGAGUGCCAAGCAGGUACCGUGCCAGGGUGCAGGACAUACGAUGCUGGGCACGGGACAUGUGCCAUUGGCACCGGCUCUGUUCUCGCUGGCAGGGCGGCCGCUACGUCUGGGAUAAGAAGGGCCUGGAUGCGGUCGAGGAUGACUCUGUGAGCCACCUGAUGGGCCUCUUUGAGCCCAAGGACAUGCAGUACGAGCUGAACCGCAACGCCUCCACAGACCCCUCCAUCGUGGAGAUGACGGAAAAGGCCAUUCGCAUCCUGCGCAGGAACCCCAACGGCUUCUUCCUCUUUGUGGAAGAUGAGUAGCCCCGAUGGGCAGCGUGGCUGGAGCUGGGGUGGGAUGCGGGUCUGGGAGCAGGUGGGUGUUCCAGGGAAGCAGGCAGGGGUGACGGCCGCGUUCCCCGUGCAGGCGGCAGGAUCGACCACGGCCACCACAGCGGCCGGGCCAAGCAGGCGCUGAUGGAGGCUGUCAUGCUGGACCGGGCGGUGGCGCGGGCGGGCGAGCUCACCUCCCCCGCUGACACCUUGACCGUGGUGAUGGCCGAUCACUCCCACGUCUUCACCUUUGGGGGCAACACACUGCGUGGCACGUCCAUCUUUGGUGGGUCCCUGGAGGGGUGGGGAGAAUCCCUGUUCCCACCUCUCCCUUUUGCUCCCACCCGAGUCUGAGCUGUCCAAGGUGGGGGUUGGGGAGAGGUACCUGUAUGGGACAGGGAGUGACCAAGUGUUUCCCUGUGCCAGGGCUGGCCCCCAAGAAAGCCAAGGACAAGCGGGCAUACACCAGCAUCCUCUAUGGCAAUGGUCCUGUGUACAGCCUUGCAAUGGGAGCCAGGAUCAACGGAUGCAGUAAACAUGGGUUGUUUGCCUCCAUCUGCCGAUCAAGUGUUUGCAGUAGCAGACGUCUCCUAAGGUGCUGCCCCGUGACUCAGUUUCCCUAUAUUGUUGUAGCUGCCAGCUCUCCACCCUGGGACCAGCACUGGAGGCACUGGGGUGAAAGAGGCGAUGAACACUGGGUGAAGGCAUUGCAUGUCCCUCCUAGCUUUGACAGGCAUCAGGGUUCAUACCCACCCAGGAAGGGCUGAGCAACGAACAAAGUUUUAGUCCAUAUCAGUGGAUUUAUUGCUCCAUAAAUUGCUGGGCAGAGAUAAUGUCUGUGCAGUGCACGAUUGAAUGUGGGUGCUCCCAAUACCCCUCUUGCCCCAGGUCUGAUGUUCAGGGCUGCCUGUGGCACCCAGAGCCAGGGCAUCCCUCUGUCUGGCACUGCAGUACCACAGCCAGGGCAGGCAAUGACAAUAGACAGGUUCUUCCCAUCCUCUUGCCCCCCAACACCUGUAUGCACCCCAAGUCUGUCCUUUCCCCCCAGCAAUAAGAUGAUGUGCUCGAGGAGCUGCCUGAGCCCAGCCCCGUGGCCUUUGUGCUGGCUGCCCAGCAGAACACCAGACUAUCAGAGACAUGCUGAACCCCUGCAUGCACCCUGUGAUCCUGGUCCAAAGUCCCUCCCCUGAUCUGCUAGAAUUGUGGACACUGCCAGUGGCGUUGGGCUACCGGAUCUCACCAUGGAGCUCCUGGCACCCCUCACCCUCUGCCUGGGCCUCUGGGCAGGGUCCAGCGCUGCUGUCAUACCAGUGGAGGAGGAGAACCCGUCCUUCUGGAACAAUCAGGCAGCCGCAGCCAUCCAGGCCUCCUUCAACAUCCAGCCCAGGAUAAGAGAAGCCAAAAACCUCAUCAUCUUCCUGGGGGAUGGAUUCGGGAUCCCCACUAUGACAGCCACCCGCAUCCUAAAGGGACAGCAGAAGGGAAAUCUGGGCCCUGAGACCCCCCUCGCCAUGGAUACUUUCCCCUACGUGGCUCUCUCUAAGACAUACAAUGUGGAUCGUCAGGUCCCCGACAGUGCAGGGACAGCCACAGCCUAUCUCUGUGGGGUGAAGACCAACUACAGGACUAUUGGGGUGAGCGCAGCUGCCCGCUACCACCAGUGUAACACAACCUUUGGCAACGAGGUGAUCUCAGUGCUGGAGCGAGCCCGCAAAGCCGGGAAGGCAGUGGGCAUCGUGACGACUACACGGGUGCAGCAUGCGUCACCCUCGGGGACCUACGCCCAUGUGGUGGAUCGCGACUGGUACGCGGAUGCCAGCAUGCCCGCGGAGGCCCGGAGCCAGGGCUGCAAGGACAUCGCCUGGCAGCUGAUCCACAAUGUCGACAUCAAUGUGAUCAUGGGGGGUGGUCGGAUUUACAUGACCCCUGCAGGAACACCAGACCCUGAGUAUCCCAACUCUACUCUCAUGAACGGGGUGCGCAGGGACGGGAAUAACCUCAUCAACAUGUGGCUGGAGGCACGACAGGGUGCCCGCUAUGUCUGGAACAGGACAGAGAUGCUGGCUGCUGCUGCUGACCCCAACGUGAACUAUUUGAUGGGUCUCUUUGAACCCAUGGACAUGACGUAUGACAUGGCGCGUGACACCAAUCUGGACCCGUCACUUGCCGAGAUGACAGAAGCGGCCAUCACCAUCCUGAAAAGAAACCCCAAUGGCUUCUACCUCUUUGUGGAAGGCGGUAGAAUCGACCACGGCCACCACGAAGGGGCAGCCCAGAAGGCGCUGACGGAUGCGGUGGCGUUCGACCGGGCCAUCGAACGGGCGGGCAUCGUGACAGAUGAGGCAGAGACCCUGACUGUUGUCACUGCCGACCACUCCCACGUCUUCUCCUUUGGUGGCUACACCCUGCGCGGCUCCUCCAUCUUCGGUCUGGCCCCCAGCGAAGCUGCUGAUGGGAAGAGCUACACGUCCAUCCUCUACGGGAACGGGCCAGGCUACGUGGAAGGCAACCGGACUGAUGUGGAUGAGUCCACAGUCAUGAAUUUCAACUACAGACAACAGGCGGCUGUGCCCCUCAUCUCUGAGACACACGGUGGCGAGGAUGUGGCCAUCCUGGCCAAGGGCCCCAUGGCUUACCUCUUCCACGGGGUACAGGAGCAGACCUACAUCGCCCACGUCAUGGCCUACGCCGCCUGCCUCGAGCCCUACACUGACUGUCGCCAGCGCACCUCUAACACCGUCUCUGCCGCCAGCGCCCGCGCUGUCCCCCUGCUCCUGCCCACCAUCCUCCUGCCCACCCUCCUCCUGCCCCUCUUCCACUGACCCCACAGCCCUGGGGCACCCCAUGGGACCCCCUCCCCAUGGCUGCAGCACCCAUAGGUGGCUGGCAGCUCUUUGGAGCAUCCCUGGUCCUGAUGCAGCAGCCAUGGGUCACCAAACUCCAGACACAGGAGGACUC